AUGGCCGGUCGCUACGACCCUAACCCCUUCGACGAAGAACAAGUCAACCCCUUUUCCAAUCCUAGAAAUGCUGCCUCUGCCACAAAUUCAAGACCUGCCCCUCUAAAUCCUGAUCGUGCUGAUUAUAACUAUGGUUUUGGACCGACUGUUGAUAUACCUCUUGAUACAUCAACGGAUGUGAAAAAGAAGGAAAGGGAACUCCAAGCAAAGGAAGCUGAAUUGAGAAAACGGGAACAGGAAGUCAGACGGAAAGAAGAAGCCAUUUCACGAGCUGGAAUUGUUAUUGAGGAGAAGAACUGGCCACCAUUUUUCCCAAUUAUUCAUCAUGAUAUCGCAAAUGAAAUUCCAAUUCACCUUCAAAGAUUGCAGUAUGUUGCAUUUUUUUCGUUGUUAGGGUUAGUGUUGUGCCUUACAUGGAAUGUUGUAUCUGUCACUGCAGCUUGGAUUAAGGGAGAAGGUGUAAAAAUAUGGUUUCUUGCUAUUAUCUACUUCAUAGCAGGAGUUCCUGGAGCAUAUGCCCUGUGGUAUCGCCCAUUAUAUCGUGCAUUUAGGACUGACAGUGCUAUUAAGUUUGGAUGGUUUUUCAUGUUUUACCUGCUUCACCUUGGGUUCUGUAUCUUAGCUGCAGUUGCUCCUCCUAUAGUUUUCAAAGGAAAAUCCUUGACAGGCAUUCUGUCAGCCAUAGAUGUAGUUGGUGACUAUACUUUGGUUGGGAUUUUCUACUUCAUUGGAUUUGGAUUUUUCUGUCUUGAAACAUUGAUCAGCGUCUGGGUUAUCCAGCAAGUAUAUAUGCACUUCCGUGGUGGUGGUAAGACUGCUGAGAUGAAGAGGGAAGCUGCACUAGGAGCAAUGGGGGCUGCUCUACGAUGA